GCCGCGGCGAGGGCUCUGCGCUUUCCUCCGCCCGGCGGCGACGCGCUGCGCGCUCGCGGGGCACCGGCCGUUUGGCUGGCUCCUAGCAACCGGCGGGCGCGCACUGGCCGGGCGGCCGCGGAGCUGGGAGCCGCAGUGUGUGUGUUGAGCUCAGCUCUGGUAUUGUUGGAUCCAUGGGCGUGGCACUGACAAGAUCAGCGCAGUGGACUGCUGCUGGAUAUGGAACCAGAACCCUGGAAACUACCCCUCUCAAUGAAGCCAUAUUGCAAGAAAUUAUUAUAUUCAUAGAGAGUUUUAUCUAUAAACAUCCCCAAGAGGCAAAAUAUGUUUUUGUAGAACCACUUGAAUGGAAGACUGAUUUGGACCCCUCAGCAUUUGAGUUGGGUUAUGUUGUCAGUGAAACAACAGUUGAAUCAGAAGAAGCUGAUAAAAAUGGACAACCUUUGCUAUUUUUUUCUGUACCACAAAUUCAAGUUAGGAGCUUUGGGCAGCUGUCACGCUUGUUAUUUAUUGCCAAAGAUAGAAAGCUGAAGGAAGCACAAGCAUGCAUUGAAGCUAACAGAAAUCCUGUAAGAAAAAUCCUGGGCUUUGAUUACAAUGCAGUUAUAGAAGACUCAUCUGUAUUAAAUAUUCUUGAUAAAAUUACUGAAGAUAAUGACCCUGAAAGUCAGGUUAAGAUGAAGAUCGCCAUGCUGCUUAAGGAACUGGAUCUGCACCUUCUUAAUCACUCUCUAAAGCAUAUUUCAUUGGAAGUAAGUUUAAAUCCAGAGGCUGUUAAGAACGAUGUAGAGCUGCUCAAACGCUUCUCGGGAAAAGGAGAAGAAACAGUCUUGGAAUCUAUCACAUAUACCUCAGAUUAUGAAUUUUCAAAUGGAUGUCGAGCCCCACCUUGGAGACAAAUUCUUGGGGAAAUGUGUUAUGUGCUGGUGAAACCACAUGAUGUUGAAACUUUAUGCAUUACUUGUAGUGCAGAAGGAGUAUUUUUAAAUGGUGGCAAAAUAGAUGAGGGGGAGAUUAAUUAUGAGCGGAAAGGAGCGAUUUAUAAAGACCUCAUCACAUUUUUAAAAAAUACAUCAGCAAAAUUUUCAGAAGUUAUGUCUAAAGAGCAGAUUAGAUUUAAUGAACUGCAAAAUGGAAAGGAUCAGCCUAAUGAGACAUCUGACAAGAAAGAAUCAGAUGCCAUACCUAAAGCUGUUGAUGGUUCAGACAAGGGCAUGCUGGAGAAGAAACAAAUUAAUUUCGGGAAGAGGCAAAUGGCUAAGAGAUUAGAGCCGAGUUUAAACUGGAAGACCACUGUUGAUUACAAAGGCCGCAGAUCCUCACUAAGAGACACCCACAAGGAAAAACGUGGGGGAAAACUUGAAAAGUCAGCACCGUCUGUUUCACCUGGAAAAACACAGUUAGCUUGUAAGAAUGUCAGUAAGACUGAGGAAAUUGUUAGUGAGAGCUCCUCAGAGAGUGAAGAAGAUGAAGAACCACCUGAUCAUCGUCAAGAAGCAAAUGCUGACUUGCCCUCAGAAUACUGGCAAAUUCAGAAGCUGGUGAAAUAUUUAAAGGGAGGAAAUCAGAUAGCUACGGUGAUUGCACUGUGUUCAUUGAAGGAUUUCAAUUUAGCACAAGAGACCUGCCAGUUGGCAAUCAGGGAUGCUGGAGGUCUUGAAGUUUUAAUCAAUUUACUUGAUACAGAUGAAGUCAAAUGUAAGAUUGGUUCAUUAAAAAUCCUGAAGGAAAUCAGUCAUAAUCCUCAAAUCAGACGUAAUAUUGUUGACCUUGGGGGCCUACCACUUAUGGUUAAUAUCCUUGAUUCUCCACAUAAGAGUCUGAAAUGUUUGGCAGCUGAGACAAUUGCGAAUGUUGCCAAGUUUAGAAGAGCCCGGUGGGCAGUGAGACACCACGGGGGCAUCACUAAACUGGUUGUUCUACUCGACUGUGCACAGAAUUCCACAGAACCUGUUCAGUCAAGUCUGUACGAUGCCAGAGAUGAAGAGGUGGCUCGCUGUGGGGCGCUGGCACUGUGGAGCUGCAGCAAGAGUUACGCGAAUAAAGAAGCCAUACGUAAGGCUGGGGGCAUUCCGCUGUUGGCCCGGUUGCUGAAGACGUCUCAUGGGAACAUGCUGAUUCCGGUGGUGGGGACAUUGCAAGAAUGUGCAUCAGAGGAAAACUACCGAGAUGCAAUCAAAGCAGAAAGGAUCAUUGAAAAUCUAGUAAAGAACCUAAACAGUGAGAAUGAGCAACUGCAGGAACACUGUGCCAUGGCCAUCUACCAGUGUGCUGAAGAUGAGGAGACCCGUGACCUGGUUAGGCUGCAUGGAGGACUUAAACCCCUGGCCAGUUUGCUCAAUAACACUGACAAUAAAGAACGUUUGGCCGCUGUCACAGGGGCAAUAUGGAAAUGUUCCAUCAGCAAAGAGAAUGUAACCAAGUUUCGGGAAUACAAAGCCAUUGAAACACUGGUAGGACUUUUAACUGACCAGCCUGAAGAAGUUCUUGUGAAUGUGGUUGGUGCACUGGGAGAAUGUUGUCAAGAACAUGAAAACCGAGUCAUUGUCCGGAAAUGUGGUGGCAUUCAACCACUUGUGAACCUCCUCGUUGGAAUAAACCAAGCUCUUCUUGUCAAUGUCACAAAAGCAAUUGCUGCUUGUGCAGUAGAACCUGAAAGUAUGAUAAUAAUUGCUCGCUUAGAUGGAGUUCGUUUACUGUGGUCCUUGCUGAAAAACCCCCACCCAGACGUGAAGGCCAGUGCCGCUUGGGCCCUCUGUCCCUGCAUCCAAAAUGCUAAGGAUGCUGGAGAAAUGGUUCGCUCCUUUGUUGGUGGUUUGGAACUCGUUGUCAAUCUCCUGAAAUCAGAUAGUAAAGAAGUUUUGGCAAGUGUAUGUGCUGCUAUUACCAAUAUAGCAAAAGAUCAAGAAAACUUAGCAAUUAUUACAGAUCACGGAGUUGUUCCUUUAUUGUCCAAACUUGCAAAUACAAAUAAUGAUAAACUCAGGCGUCAUCUGGCAGAAGCCAUUUCAUGCUGCUGUAUGUGGGGCAGAAAUAGAGUGGCCUUCGGAGAAAACAAAGCAGUGGCUCCACUGGUGCGUUACCUGAAAUCAAAUGACAUCAAUGUGCAUCGAGCAACAGCUCAAGCCUUGUACCAGCUUUCAGAAGAUGUUGAUAACUGCAUCACCAUACACGAGAAUGGCGCAGUCAAGAUGCUACUGCAUAUGGUUGGGUCGGCUGAUGAGGAUCUCCAGGAAGCUGCCGCUGGCUGCAUAUCCAACAUCCGCAGGCUGGCUCUCGCUACAGAAAAGGCAAGAUACACUUGAAGUUUGCACAGACAUUACAGGCUACCAAAUUUUACACGACAGAACAUGGGACUCCCAUGGCCUAGAAGCUGAAAUUAGGAAACAGUUAUUAGCAAAUCCUUUGCAAACAGACAAAUAUCUGAAUGAAAACACACAGAUGAAAAAUGUGAAGGAUG